AUGAAAUACCUUAUUGCUUUGCUCGGACUUUCAUCAUCGAUAGUUCACGCACUAGAGUUUUACCAUUUUGAUAAGUCGCGAUUAAGUGCAGACUCAAUUCUUGAGCAGUUUGACUAUCCCUCACUUUCAAAUUCGCCAUGGAAAGUGACACGGGCAAAGAAAUAUGAUGAAGGCAGAGACGAGAUUGUCAAGUAUGCAGGUGAGUGGGCAAUUGAACCACCAUUCAUUUACCCUGCCUUUGAAGAUGAUUUUGGAUUAGUCAUGAAGUCAAGAGCUUCACAUUACUCAAUAGCAUAUAAACUACCGCAUACAAUUGAAAAUAUAGACAAAGAUUUAGUAGUUCAAUACGAGGUGAAACUACAAAAAGGGUUGGAAUGUGGUGGUGCCUAUAUAAAACUCCUCGAUAAAUCGACUAACUAUCAUUUUUUCAACUCAGAAACUCCAUAUCAAAUUAUGUUUGGUCCCGACAAAUGUGGGAGUGAAAAUAAAAUCUACUUCAUCUUACGGAAAUCUUUGCCUAAUGGCACGAUUGAGGAGAAACAGUUACGAUUCCCACCAUUGGCUCGAAUUAAUGACUUGACCAACUUGUACACAUUGAUCAUCAGGAAGAAUAACGACUUUGAGAUUAGAAUCAAUGGGAAGGUGGUUGAGCUGGGCAAUUUAAUAACUGACGAGAACUUGUUUUCCCCUACAAUGAAUCCACCAAAGAUGAUUGAUGAUCCUGAUGAUACAAAACCAGCCGACUGGGAUGACCGCGAACACAUACCUGACCCAAAUGUCGAGCCCCCUAAGGAUUACGAAAAAUUGCACGCCCACCACAUUAUUCCAGACCCUAAUGCCGUCAAACCAGACGACUGGGAUGAAUUAGCGCCUCGUUACAUACCCGACCCAGAUGCAAUAAGACCAUUAGAUGCACCCAAUGACUGGCAACCGCCAUUGAUUGUAAACCCUAAAUGUGAAACAGGAUGUGGUAAAUGGACACCGCCAAUGAUUGCCAACGAUGACUAUCUAGGUCCAUGGUUCCCUCCGGAUAUCGUCAACCCCAAUUACCAGGGUACCUGGAAACCAAGAAGAAUUUUCAAUCCUGAUUACUAUGAAAUGGAAAACCCCGGUCAGUUGGAUAAACCUGUUGGUGGUCUUGGGUUUGAAUUAUGGAACAUGGAUGGCGGAGUACUAUUCGACAAUAUUUAUCUUGGAAACUCCAUUGCCGAAGCUGAAUUAAUUGGCAAUGAAACAUUUCUGGUAAAGCAGAAAUUGGAAUAUGAAUACAAGAAAAAGAAUCCUCAGAAAGCGCCUAACGAGCCUGUUUCACCUCCUCCGAAUUUUGACGAUAUUUUGAAUGAUGCCGAUGUAUCCAAUUUGCGUCAAUUUGUUAUCUUCAUUAAAUUGUUGACGAGGAAGGAAUACUUGGACUUUUCAGAUUUCAUUUUUGAGCUUUUGCUUGAUCCUGUUACAACAAUCAUAUCGCAUCCUAUUAGAACUGUGAUCUAUUGCUUUAUUGUCCUUUUCGUUGUGCUGGUGGUUGGCGGAAUCGCGAGUGUUUUGACGUUUGUUGUAUUUAGUAAUCGAAGUGCAGAGUUGGAGGUCAAUGAGAAUAGGCACAGAUCAGAUGACGGAGAUGAUAUUGUUGUGAUCAACAGAGCUAUUGAGAAAGUGGAGGAUGCAGAAGAUGACGACCAAACUUUGAGACAACGAUAA